UCCAAUUGCCAGUUGUGCUCCUUGUCAAAUCUGCCUUCAUGGCACUGAACUGGGUACAGCUAGAAUCCGGGAAACCUAUGGCACUUCCUAAUGAAUCUUUCGUCCACCAAUCAGAGAAGGUCAAACUCUCACUCUCAAUCCCUCCGAGUCUAGAGGGUCCAAAGCGCACCGUGAAUGGACUCGGAAGCUUGUUCAUCACAAAUCAAAGGCUUGUUUUCGUUCAGGAUGGUUCUGCAAUUGUGACCCCUGGGGAGCCGGCCGUUUCAAGCUACGCACUACGUACACUCGCCGUAGCCCACACAAACGUCUUGAGCACGGCAUUCAAUCAACCCAUGUUCUUUGGUGCCAACUCGAUAUCCAUGAGUUUUGUUUCUACUCCUGGCGGAGGGCUCCCGUCUACGGGACGUAACGCCCAUCUCGAUGUUACUCUCGACUUUGCUGAAGGUAAGGUGCACGAGAUCUGGAAGACGCUAGAGCAAGCCAGAAAAAAAGCGGGAACGGCCAUAGCCGAUGAAAGCUGGCAGAGGAACCAACUUCCGCUCUACGAGCCGUGACACUGUCGUCAGUAUCAACCGCGCUUUACAGGCAUUUCCUGCAACUCUCCGUUGGGUCCAACCAUUCCAAUGGGAUCCAUGGUGCCUAUGACUGCUUGAUUCUCUGGGUUGUUCAUCAUCAGAUUACGUAUCGUAAGAAGGGCGUGCUCUCGGAUGACUAUAAUCACACACAUACACCAAAAAUUGAUCAACGAAACGCGGAUACAUGCGUG